AUGGCGCAAAAUAGGCAUUGGGAACAAGACAAGGAGGCGACGGUCUACAUCGGAAACAUCGACGAGCGCGCAACAUCUGCAAUGGUAUACGAGAUCAUGCUUCAGAUGGGCCCCAUCCACAACAUCCACAUGCCUCGCGAUCGUGUUACCCAGACGCAUCAGGGCUUCGGCUUCGUUGAGUUUCGCACACCCACAGACGCUGAGUACGCCGCCAAUGUUAUGAACGGCAUCAAACUUUAUGGAAAGAGCUUGCGCGUCAACAAGGCUAGCGCAGACAAGCAGCGUGCCGCAGAGGUUGGCGCCGAGCUGUUUAUCGGAAACCUCGAUCCCAUGGUUGACGAGAAGAUCCUCUACGACACUUUCAGUCGCUUCGGUCCACUACUCAGCCCGCCAAAGGUCGCAAGGGAGGAGUCUGGCGCGAGCAAGGGUUUUGGUUUUAUCAGCUUUGCCGACUUUGAGAGCAGUGAUGCUGCGAUCGCGAACUUGCACGGACAGUACAUCUUGAGUAAGGAGGUUUCGGUCCAGUAUGCUUUCAAGAAGGACGGAAAGGGAGAGAGACAUGGUGACGAGGCUGAGCGUGAGCUCGCUGCCCAAGCGAAGAAACGGAACAUCGUCCCAGAAGCACAGCCUGUGCCCCAGGCGUUUCUACAACCACCACCUGUUGCAGCUGCGCCUCCAGCAGGUUUCGAUCCUUCAGCUAUGGGAAGAAUGCCCCCCAUCGGCGCGCCUCCACAGGGCAUCCCCGGUGGGUUUGCACCUCCCGGCCGAGGUCCGUCGCCAUACAAUGCCGGAGUUCCGCCCCCCGGAGCCCCUCCAAGAGGCUCCGUUCCUUUACCACCAGCUCCCUCAGGUUUGCCUGCACGACCCCCACAAUCACAGGCUGGAUACACCAACCCAGCUGAUUUCCACCCGGGCAGUUUCAGGCCACCCUCUGGGUCUCCGGCGCAGGGCUUCCCAGUUGCUCCUCCGCCCGGGUUCCCUGCUCCUCAAGGAGCCCCCGGUGCUGCUGGUGCUCCUCCCCCUGGUUUUAUGCCCCCUCCAGGCUUCCAACCACCCCCCGGAUUCCGUCGGUGA